GCCGUUAAUCCUUCCCCCUCCUUUUCUCUUUCUUCUCUCCCCCGCUCGUAUACGUAUAGGUGAUCAUACGUAUACAUAUAUGUACGUACACCCGUAUGUAUGUACAAUAGUAGGUUAAUUAUUUUCAGUACGUACACCCGUAUGUGUUGAUUGGUCAAUUCGUUACCCUUUUGAACUAAAUUUACAUAAUGGGUCGUAACUUACGAGAACUGAGCUCCAAAUAGCUCUAUCAUUUAGAAGCAACAGCAUGGCCGCAUGGGACAUGAACAUUAGCUGGAGUUUUGGCAGCGCCGGCUUCAAUCAGCAAUUUGCGGAUGCUUGUCUUGCCCUUAAUUGUCAAUCUAAGAAGAGAAAUUCAAAAUCUUGUAGCAGCAGAAAUAUAAUUUAAACUUACAUACAGAAAUGAGCAUCACACGGUGAGACAGUUGAUGAGUGCUGCAACAUUAUUGGUAUUGGAGAAUACUGCAAUGGUUAGUGGAGGACACCAUGAUUUGAGUCAUGCACGCGAUGUGCUCUGUCUAGUCAUGUAAAAACAAGGCUCAGUAAAGUGAACUUUCUCAUGCUUUAUCACUUGUUUCCCAGGUAUGGAAAAAGAUUUAUUUUGCAUUGCACUAUUGUCUGGAUAGAAUUGUCAUGGUGGAGAGGAAAGAGCGUCAGCAGAGAUCCACUGCGUAUUUCACACUUUUGAGAAAAACAAAAAAGAAGAAAAGAAAGAUCAUCAACGGAUGCGGCGAGCAUCAACCUUCUUUAACCGUACAUGUGCUAAAGCUGUUGAACAUGACCCAGCAUCAUCUCCAUUUGGAUAAGGAUAUUUGCUGACAUGCAAACCCCUUGAUCAAGCAUCUUAAACUCGUUGAAAGGCUGAGAUUGUUUCUUCUUUUUUCCCUACGAGGCAAAAGAAAAAUCUAUCCUCAAAAAGGAGGCCACAGUUUUCAUAAUCCAGUAUAUUUUCAUUAAAAUGGUGCCUAAGAAUAACUUUACAAUAAUGGAGGCUGUUGAAUGACCUUAGAUACCUGCAACUUAAAUUGUUGCAUAUGAUCUUUCUAGUGCGUGUAUUAACCACUAUAGUCAUAUUAAAAGGACUGAAGUUUUUUUUUUUUUGGUUGUUUUAUGCAUCAUAUUCUGAUCUGUUAGAGAGCGAACUGACAUUUUAAGAAAGAUAUGAUUUCUUUAGAUUUCUCAUUCUUUUGUUGAGAUGAUAUUGCAAAGAUAGCUAUGUGUGGACAUUAAGUAGAACCAGAUACUGAAAUCUUUGUCUUGUCAAGAAUGCAAAAUAUGAAAAAUUAAAAAUAAGUUGCAGUUGUCUUUAGAAUCAAAUUUUAAGAUACACACUAACUGGUGCACAACUAAAUGGUAGAAAGUACAGUCCAAUUUCUGAUACCUCAAAUCAUGUUUUAUAUUCCUGUGUGCUUUGGCUGGGAUGCGUAUGUGUGUAGGAUAACUAUUUUGCAACUCUCUCUCUCUCUCUCUCUCUCUCUCUCUCUCUCUUCUUGUUGCAAAUAUAAAGAGUUACUGCUCUAUUGAUUUAGAUUCACCAACUGAAUUUCUAGUAAAUAAUAUAUUUAAAGAUUGGUCAUCUAAACAUUUUAAAAAUGUGGGGCCAAAUUGUUGCAUCACAAAUCAAAUUUCUUUUUAAGUUGAUUGAUUGAAUUGCAUAAUCUGUAGAAUUCAAUGUCUCUUUUCUCUAUAUACAAGCCUGUAUCUGUGUGCGUAUAUGAUGUUCAUAAUAGUUGUGGUAGCACUUGAAAGCUUACAAGAUAAGGACAUUAUUGGAACUGCUUUAGAAGUAAAACUGAUUAAACAACAUUUUAUAAUAUGGGAACCUUCACAAAGAUUUAUAUUUUCCCAUUACAUGAUUUCAUUAGCAUGGAUGAGAGAAUUAUGGCUUAAGAUUUUCCUCAUGAUAAUGAAGGAAAGGAAAGAAAUCGAUGGUACUUUAUGCUGCAUCACGAAUGUGUGAAAGACCUCAGAAUUUGGUGCUCUGUUAGAAACUAUUACCUCUGCAAUAUUCUAAUAUACAAAUGGCUGUCAUUGUACUUUGUACGUUUAAAUCAUGGUUCUUAGUUCGUCUAAAGCUAGUGGGGGGCCACAUUAUAGAUGGAAUCUGUUCCUUUUUAUUUUCCAUAAUCAGCUUGAAUUGAUGGUUACAAAGAAAAGAACAGUUAUAAGAAGCACCUGCAUAGCCUAGCUUAUUAUAUAUAAACUACUAGAUUGAGGCUUUGGUUACACUAGUACCUUCUUCCACCUCCUGCACAUACCUUGAACAUGGAUGGAAAGAAGUUGAAGUACGAAGGUGAUGAUGCAUUGAAGGAGAUUGAGAGGCUCACAGAGAAGGCUGGUAAAUUUCAGGAAAGCAUAUUGAAAGAGAUCUUAAUACAGAAUGGGCAGACUGAGUAUUUGAGCAAAUAUAUUAAGGGAUCAAAAGAUGUGAAAGAUUUUAAGCGUUGUGUCCCUGUCACUACUUACAAGGAUAUCUAUCCGUAUAUCCAAAGGAUUAUUAAUGGAGAAGGCUCCUCUCUUAUUACUGGUCAUCCUAUAACUGAGAUGUUAUGCAGCUCAGGGACUUCUGCUCGAGAACCCAAGUUAGUGCCAUCAAUAGCGGAAGAUCUAGACCGCCGCACCUUUAUAUAUAACCUCAUCAUGCCAAUCAUGAACCAGUAUAUCUCUGGUUUGGAUGAAGGUAGGGCUAUGUUUCUGUAUUUUGUUAAGGUAGAAAUGUCAACUCCUUGUGGCUUGCCAGCUCGAACUGUGCUAACAAGUUACUACAAAAGUAAGCACUUUAAGUGCCGAACACAUGAUCCUUUUAAUGACUUCACUAGCCCAGACCAAGCCAUAUUGUGCAAAGAUAGCAAUCAGAGCAUGUAUUGCCAGUUGUUAUCUGGUCUAGUUCACCGGCACCAAGUCCUAAGGAUAGGAGCUGUAUUUGCUUCAGCCUUGCUUCGAGCCAUUUCAUUCCUGGAGCACAACUGGGUUCACCUAUGCAAUGAUAUACGCACUGGUCAAGUAGAUCCCAUGAUCACUGAUCCUGAAUGCCGUUCAUGCAUGUCAAUGAUAGUAUCAUCACCUAAUCCUUGUCUUGCGGAUGAAAUUGAGGAAAUUUGUGGCCGUCCAUCAUGGAAGGGUAUUUUGUAUCACCUUUGGCCUAGGACAAAAUAUAUUGAAGCUGUGGUGACAGGAUCUAUGGCACAAUAUGUCCCAGCACUCGAGUACUAUAGUGAGGGGAAGUUGCCUUUGGUUUGUACCAUGUAUGCUUCAUCUGAGUGUUACUUUGGUGUCAACUUGAAACCCUUGUGUGAUCCUGCGGACGUGGUUUUUACCCUUAUGCCUAAUAUGUGUUACUUUGAGUUUAUCCCUCUGGGAGAGAAUGGGAAAUGGUUAAUGGAUUUCGGUGAGGAAGAGGAGGUGCCCAAUGAUAAGCUUGUUGAUUUGGUGCAUGUUAGACGCGGCUGUUAUUAUGAGUUAGUGGUCACUACGUUUGCUGGGCUAUAUCGCUACCGUAUCGGUGAUGUGCUUCAAGUGACUGGAUUUUACAAUCAAGCUCCACAAUUUCGAUUCAUUUGCAGGAGAAAUGUGAUUCUCAGCAUUGAUAAUGACAAAACCAAUGAGGAAGAUCUUCACAAGAGCAUCACAGCAGCAAAGAAAUUACUUGAACCAUACAGUGCGCUACUCGUGGAAUACACUAGCUAUGCAGACACAUCAUCUGUACCAGGGCACUAUGUGUUGUAUUGGGAAAUCCUACAUCAUGCAUCAAUCAUCAAGGACACUCCAAUCCCACUCGAUCCCACGGUGCUCCAAGAAUGUUGCAUAGCUGUGGAAGAAGAACUGGAUUACGUGUAUAAGCGCUGUCGUGUCUUCGACAAGUCUAUAGGACCACUGGAGAUAUGUGUGGUGGAGCCUGGUACAUUCGAAGCACUGAUGGAUUUGUUCAUUGGUCAAGGGGGAUCAAUCAAUCAGUAUAAGACGCCAAGGUGCAUUAAGUCUAAUGCUGCACUUAUGUUGCUUAAUUCUCAUGUGAAGGCAUCAUUCUUUAGUCCUAGAGAUCCUGCGUGGAUCCCUUAAAUUCUGCUGGAGUGUCCGGUUCAUGAUGUAGCGUUAAGGGAAAGCUAGAAUCUCUGAAUAUUAUUGUGAGUGUCUGUUAUGGUGUAACCUUAGCAGAAUACAAGAAUAAUGAUAAUCAAGGUUGGGAUUUUGGACUGUUUAA